GAGAUAUUUCACCGGUCCGGGACUUUUUGAACACCCUGUAUAAGAUAUAUGAGAAAUAUCGAUACAUAAAUAACGCAAGAUGUUAUUUUCCACAGACCCUGGAUUCCACAUAAUCUAAUAAUAUUUAGUUUUCCGUUGACAACCACGUUUAUGGACCCCACGAUGGACAACACAACAACGUGCAACAACCAAACAACAACACCAAACAAACAACAAACCCAGUAUUACAAUACAUCGGAGGUUUCCGGAUACAUAGAAACUGAAUCUUCAAACUGUAUGUAUUAUAGACCGCAAUACAGUUUUCCGACAUUCUCUCAAUAUGAUCAUAAAUACGACAAACUAUCACUUCAAAACUAUCACGAGAUUGGACAGAAUAUGCCAUCAACUUCGUCAAUGUCGUCGUCGUCACCGUUGAUACCUUCUUCAAUCCCUCAUCCCUCUCCCUCAUCGCAAAGUCACAUGUCUCCUCCAAUCCCUCAAUCCGCUUUAUAUCAACUACCGCCUUCUUUACCCUCUCAUCCAUCUGAUUUCCUGAACCCACCGACAUUGGAUCCGCCAAACUUGAGAAGAGAUACUCAACAAAACGCGAGACCGAUGGUGAAGCCGCGGCACGGGGAGAGGUUGCUCAAGGACAAGAAGCGGGAAAAGUGUAAUUGUCCCAGUUGUCAAAAUAUAACGCCGAAGUACGAUGCAAACGGCAGACAGUUGCAUUUGUGUCACAUAAAAGAUUGCGAGAAGAUGUUCAAUAAGACGUCGUAUCUUAAGGCGCACCUGAGGUGGCACACCGGCAAUCGAUCGUACGCGUGCCACUGCGGUAAAAACUUUCACCGCAGCGACGAGCUAAAGCGUCACUUACGCACGCACACGGGCGAGAAGACACACCAGUGCCCCAAGUGCGACUGGACAUUCCCGAGAAGCGACCAUCUCAAAAAACACAUGAAGACUCAUGAAAAUAAAAAAAAAUAAAACGCGAUGACCUGAUGGAGUUGAUGUCACAUGUUAUCGUCGAAAUAUUAGGUUUAAAUGUCGGACAACUGUUGAAUGAUCAAUAUUGAGUUCUUCUGCCACCUCUCGAAUUGUUUUACGUGGCUCCGCCUCAAUAAUGAUUCUUAAAUCAUUAUUGUCUAUAGCUGAAGGACAUCCACGAUCCUCUUCAUCUUCAAGGCUUUCGUUUCCAUCAAAUUCUUGUGUUUCAAUUGGGAUAUAAAGUCAACCAGUGUUGAGCUGUACGUUCACUAAUUGACUCUUCGCCAAAAACGAAUUUGAUAUUUCGAGCUGUUUCUGUUGUUUUACAUUCCAAUUAAAACACAAAAAUUUGUGAUAGAAACGAAAGCUUUAAAAUUAACUGAAACUUAUACAACAAAAUCGCGCGGAUUUGCUUUUUUCCAUGACUAAUUUAAGAUGUUAUAUCCAACAAUACUAAAGAAUGAAAACAAUAGAUAUAAGCUGAAAUCGGUAGUGCCAAUUUCA